GUCCCGCCCAGUUCCCGGGCUUCAGGCGGCGCUCCUCCCACGCGCGGCCGCACGAAGUUUCCGGGGAAGGUCGGGCACUUUGGGCCUCGGAGCGCGGCGCUCAGUGGGGAAUCAUGGCAGCUGAUGAAGACAGCAAAAAACAAGUUUUUAAGGCAGAUUGGCAUGGUGAUGAAACUAAGAAAGAUGAACAAUGUCAGGCCUUAAUUGGUGAAAUGGCAAAGGAAAACACUGAAUUAAAGGAGGAGAUCCAAAAGCUUGAAGCUGAGUUACAAGAGGCCACCAGAACCUCUCAGAUUAAAGAGGAUAUUCCCGAAACAAGGUUGAAAUUUACAUCUUUAGAGAAUCCUGAGAAUUACAGCCAGUUGUUAAAUAUCUGCUGUUCAUUUCAAGUGAGCUCCCAAGUUCCUUACAAACUACAAAAAGGAGAAGCGCUUAUCACCUUUGAAGAAGAAGAAGUUGCGCAAAAUGUGAUCAGAAAAGGGAUUCAUCAUGUGCAGAUACAGGACGUAUUUGUGGAGGUCACAGCCAAGCCGGUUCCGUUGAAGCCAGGAGUUAGAUUCCAGGUUCACGUAGAAGUGUCUAAAAUAAAGGUCAAUGUUACUGAAAUUCCUGAUGAACUCCCUGAAAAUCAGAUGAGAGACAAGCUAGAACUGAGCUUUUCUAAGUCCCGAAACGGAGGUGGAGAAGUGGAAUGCGUGGAGUAUGAUAAGCAAGCCGGAACUGCUGUCAUCACCUUUGUGGAAACUGGAGUUGCUGACAAGAUUUUAAAAAAGAAAGACUAUCCUCUUUAUAUAAAUCAAAACUGCCAUAGAGUUGUUGUUUCUCCAUACAUUGACACACACGUGAAAAAGUUUCAGGUAUUUUCAGGAAUAUCUAAGAGGACGGUGCUUCUGACUGGACUGGAAGACCUUGAGAAAAUGGAUGAAGAAAUUGUAGAGGAUUUAGUUGGCAUUUACUUUCAACGGGAGAAGAAUGGAGGUGGAGAAGUAGAUGUGGUCAAAUGUUCUCUCAGUCAACCUUGCACAGCAUACUUUCAAGAAUAGGCUCAUGGAAUCACAUGAAAAUGAGAGCUUCUGAGCCCAAAUCACUAUCAGUGUUUGACAAAAGUGAAUACUUUUUUUCCUUAAAAAAUGAAAACUUUAAUUCUUUAGUGUCCAUAUAGUCUUAGAGACAAAAUAUAUUUUCGUUGUUUUGAAUUCUUCAUUUCCAAGUGUGCUACAUAUUUACAAAUGCAAUAAGUACACUGUAUUAAAAACAGUUUUGUUCAUAAAUU